AUGAUAACCACAACUACCACUCCAACAACCACAACAACCACUCCAACAACUACAACUACCACUCCAACCACAACUACCACUCCAACAACCACAACUACCAUUCCAAUAACUACAACUGCCGGUCCAACUACCACAACUACCACUCAAAAAACCACAACUACCAUUCCAACAACCACAACUACCACCCCAACAACCACAACUACAAUCCCAACAGCAACAACUACCACUCCAGCUACAACUACCACACCGACAACCACAACUACCACUCCAGCAGCUACCACUCCGACUACUACAACUCUCGGAACGACUACUUCUACUUUAACCACCACUCAGCCAACCACCACUCAGCCAACCACCACUCUUCCAAAUACUGUCCAGAGAGUAUGUUCGAUCAGGAUUCAGGUUGUGAUAUCUCUCACGAUAGAUCUCAGUAAUUCCAACAGUCCAGGUUACCAGGAAACAAGUCAAACCGCCCGCGCUGCUCUGAUCGUUUUCUACAGAAAUGUUGCUGGAUUCAUUGACGUCAUUAUCAUCUCCUUAACACGUGGAAGUCUAGUUGUUGACCAUAGAAUCGUGACGUCGGACACCCCGGAAGCUAAUGCAGGGAUCACCAAUGCGCUUGUUGGAUUGGCUUCCGGUGACACCAUGACUUAUGGAAACCAAUCUGUACAAACCUCUGCCAUAACUCUGGAGAACAAUGGCGGUACACAAGUCCCGAUAACGGUGAACUCUGACCCCUGCGUCCUGUUUACUGCGACAACAACGGCUAACUGUGGUGACGGGAAAACUUGUGAGGUGAUUGGAGGCAACGCUACCUGUGUAGAAAUCCAAUCUUCAGAUGGAUUGGGCGUUGUUGUUGGUCUCGGCGUUGGAGUGUCGGCUGUUCUUCUUCUCGUCAUAAUAAUACUAGUAUGGAUGUGUACGAGACGCAGGAAUAGGAGAAAACAUCAGACAACGAAAAAGACACUCAGACCUCCGGGGACACCGGCUGCCCUUCCAACGCGGUUCCAGGCUAACACACCAAGCUGGAGCCAUCAGCCAUCAUUUUACUACAAUAACGGGCUAGACCUUAAUGAAUCGGAGAAGUCCGUACCAGCUUCUUUUAGAAAUCUUCCAUCCUACAAUUACCUGGAUCACGAUAAGCCUCGAAGAAAACAAGACCGUGGACGUAGAGAGGAAGAUACGUAUUAUUUCAACUCGUCAGGCUCAGAGAGCAGACGACAUUGAUUAUAGGAUUCAGUAAUUUCGCUGAAUUCGCUGAAUGGAAGUCUCAGGUUUAUAAGAUGGGGUAUGGUGCCAUUUACCGAAGGGAGACACUAGUAACACCAGUAUGUAGAUAGAGCGGCGAGAACAAUCACUUAUUUAUUAAAUUCUACUGUUAAUAUUCAAGUUUGCUCUGGAUAGUCCUUAUAUGGAUAUUUUAAAUACAGUAUUAUAUAUACUGGGAAUUUAUCAUUUGAUGUAUGAUUAUCAUUGUAAUGUUGUAAGACACUGCUGAUAGGCGAAUACUAGUAAAGAAUAAGUAAUGUAUUUCAAUGUAAAAAAAAAUGUUUUACUAAACACGUGUACUGAGCUUUAUUUUAACCGGCAAUAUCAAUGUGUAUAUCACAAUUUGCCAUAUUUGUUUUUGAUUUGAGGCUUACAUCUCUGUAAUACAUGGUAUGGUUACAUGUCAUGCUUUAACGCAAGUACAAAAUGCGAUUUUAUUGUUCCACUUGAAUACAAAUAUUGUGUUUGUACGCUUCUGCUAAUCUAUUCUUCCAAAAUGUCAAAACAAUGAACGCUGUGAUGUGUCGACACAAAUAGCAAUGCACAAUAGUUUUGUGGUUACUUUAGUUGUUAAAUAACAAAGAUAUGUUGUUUGUUACAAUAUAAAUAUAACAUUAUCUUCACUGUAAAAUAUUGUUAUUAAGUUAUAAUUGAAAUGAAUCAUCUAAAACAAUGCGUUAUUACUGAGUAUUUAUUACAAUUAUAAGGUCAUAGGUCAUUUUAUCGAAUGAUGAGGUAAAACUAUUAAGAUGCUACAUUCCGACAAAAAGAAUAAUAAUAAACGAAUACAAUAUAUAAUAAGCAAUUGUGUAUUGAUACAAUAUUAAAAAUUCAAUACGCUGCGUUGUAACUACCCUCAAACAGUUACAUAAAUUGUGUUGUAACUACCCUA